GAUAUCACCAAUUUUGCGAUCAAAUUUAUUCUUCUAGAUACUUCACUAUCGUAAUCCUAUCUCAUUUUUGUCACUCCUUUACCAUUUCUACGACAUCUCGCACCAUUCGCGAGUUAUUUACGAUCAUACACGACCCUUUACACCUACAACUUCCGAUUGCCAAUAAACACCAGCCGACUUUUCGACCCACUCCCAUGCUUGCGACGCGGUCGCACACGUAGCCAAGAUGCCUGUCGUCAAAGGAGGAGUGUGGACCAACAUCGAAGAUGAAAUUUUGAAGGUUUCCGUUUCCAAGUAUGGUCUUAAUCAAUGGGCGCGUGUUUCAUCGUUGCUGCCACGCAAGACUCCAAAACAGUGCAAGGCGCGAUGGAACGAAUGGCUUGAUCCAAGCAUUAAGAAGAUCGAAUGGAGUAAAGAAGAGGACGAGAAGCUAUUGCAUCUAGCUAAAUUGAUGCCCACGCAAUGGCGAACUAUCGCUCCUAUCGUUGGCCGUACCGCGAAUCAGUGCUUAGAACGCUACCAGAAACUCCUUGACGAGGCUGAACAACGAGAAUCAUCUGGCCUAGGCCUCACCGGACCCGAAGGCGGCGAAACCCAAGCACCCACAGCCGAUGAUGUACGACGACUCCGACCGGGAGAAGUUGACCCAGAUCCGGAGAGCAAGCCUGCGAAGCCUGAUACAAUCGAUCUCGAUGAAGACGAGAAGGAAAUGCUGAGCGAGGCGCGUGCUCGUUUGGCGAACACUCAAGGAAAAAAGGCUAAGCGAAAGGCUCGAGAACGCCAACAAGAGGAGUCCCGCCGACUUGCAGCCUUGCAGAAACGGCGAGAACUGAAGACUGCUGGCAUCAACAUUAAGGUUGUCACGCGCAAGAAGGGACAAAUGGACUACAAUGCCGACAUUCCAUUCGAGAAGGCACCCGCCCAAGGGUUCUACGAUACCACAGAGGAGAUGACUCGAAACGAAAAGCAGCGAGCUGCGUUCGACCCCCGCAAACAACAGCUAGCAAGCAAGAGAAAAGGGGACGAAAAUGACGAAUCUGAUCGAAAGAGACGGAAGAAUGAUAAGGAUGCCCCUUCUGCCUCGAUGCAGGCUGCCUUGAAAGCUGGGCAAAUGCAAAAGGUCCGAGAGGCUGAGCAGAGCAGCAAGAGAAGAGCUCUCGUCCUGCCGACUCCCCAAGUAAGCGAUGGCGAGCUUGAGGAUAUCGUCAAGAUGGGCAUGAUGGGCGAGCGGGCAAAUCUGCUUGCUCAGACUAGCGAGAAUGAUGCUACUAGAGGACUUGUCAAUACGUACUCUACUCUUAACUCGCAAACCCCUAUCCGUACUCCUAUGGCACCCCCUCAGCAGGAUCGAAUUGCGAACGAGAUAAAGAACAUUCGAGCAUUGACCGAGAAUCAGUCUGUACUAUUGGGGGGUGAAAACGCUGAUCUUCAAGAAGGUACUGGCUCUACGGGAUUCGAAGGAGCUACCCCUCGAAAGCAAGUCAUGUCAACCCCUAAUCCUCUAGCUACUCCUCUCCGAGCUGGUAUGAAUGGCGCCGGUACCACUCCCCGAAGGCCCGGAGAGACCCCUCUUCGUACUCCCCGAGACAGCUUUGCCCUUAAUUCAGGAGAAGAGGAGAUGUCUAUGGUUGGAGGUACAGCUAAGGAUAUGCGACUCCGGGAGUUGUCAGUGAAGCACCAGCUCAAGCAAGGCCUCGCUUCCUUACCAAAGCCAAAAGAAACAGAAUGGGAACUUGAGAUCCCCGAAGAUCAGCAAGAAGUCAUGGAUGUAGAUGAGACAGAGGAAGAUGCCGAAGUACGGGACCGACGAGAGCGAGCUAUCAGAGAAGCCGAAGAACGACUGGAGCGAAGGCGACGCACACAAGUCAUGCAGAAAGAGCUUCCUCGACCGAAAUCUGUCAACCUGGAAGCCCUUGUCCAACAAGCAUCUGCAAUUUCAGACCCCAUUGAAGCGCAGAUUGCUAAAGAAGCCGCCUUGCUUAUUGCAAAUGAUGCCGUAAAAUUCCCCAUCUCGGGCUCAAAACCCAGUGUUGGUCCUGUCCGUCUACAACAAAUCGACGACGUUUCGCUGGAUGAAGCGCGCUUGCAAGUUCUUAUGGAGGUCAAGGGAAAGGCCCAGCUGGAAGAAAUCCAAGAAAGCUGGGAACGAGAAGGUAGCAACGCGCUCCUUUUAGGUUUGGGCUGCUAUGAAGAUGACGACGAAGAACAUGUGGCAGCUAUGAAUGCAGCUCUUGACUCAGUACAAGAGUCCACCAUGGCGACUGCGGAAAAGUGCUCGAAGCUUGAGAAGAAAUUGACACUCCAUCUAGGAGGUUACCAGCAACGAGCUAAGACAUUGCGGUCGAAGAUGGGCGAGGCACAUGAGGCGCUUCAAAAGGCCAAUUUCGCCCUAAGCGCAUUCAAGACACUAGCAGUAUCGGAGGAGAUCGCGGCCAAGAGCCGAUUGGAGGCUCUCAGAGAAGAGGUCGGCCAUAUCACACGCCGAGAGCGCGAGGCUCAGGAGGCGUACCGUCAAACUAAAGAGGAACUCGACGCCUUCACAAACGGUAUUAAUGGGUUUCAUUGAUUUCACGACUGCCAAAUUGAAGGAUCAUUCGAACACGGGCUUGUAUUUAC